CACACAGCCAGACCCACCGGAGUACAGGUGAGCAGCAUGACUAAACCAACACACGCCAAACAGGAAGGAGUACUGAAUCCUGGAAUUUUAUCUGUCACUGUGAAACUGUGAGAGCUGCAUACUUUGUCACCUGCAGCCCAUUAUAUUUAUCUUUACGGGGUGGUUCUGGACAGAAAAUGGACACGGAGAGGGAUUAGAUAAAGUACAGCGACCUUUCAUCCCCUGAGCAGUCCUCUUAUCUACAGCUUAAGCUUGGUCCACCAAACUAAAACUUUUUUUACAGACAAGAUCUUUUCUACAAGGAGGAAAACAAACAAACUGAAAAUCUGAAUGGUGGAGCUGCUGACCUCAGAAUUACUGUAUUCAUGAUGAAUUCUUAGUUCUAGUAUGCUGAUGCGUUUCAGUAUUAAUCAAAACUACCACCAGAGGAAAUAAGAAUUUUCCUUCUCAAUUGUUGUUUUAUGAAGAAAGAAAUUGAUUAUUCUGCCUUCAGACACUGUAUCUGGCUUUAAUGUAUAAGAAAUAACACAGCACACCAGAAUAAAGCAACUUUAAUUGAAUACAUUGGAGCUCUGAAAACAAACCAGUCUCUGGAAUGACCUUUCCACAGUGAAAUGUUAUUUCUCACAUGCACCAAACGGCAGGAAGCUGCUAUGUACACAGUUCCCCUUCACAUCACUAUAGAGUUAUGAUCUCCAAGAUAAAGGGCAGAUCCUUUUCACCAAAAGAAAAAUAAUCUGCAGGCUGGAGAUUGGGAUGCAGGCGAAAAGCAUGUUUUGGUGACCAAAAUAGCAGAGGAGGAAGAGCGACGUCUGGGAGAGGAAAAAAAGGAGUAUUAGAGAGAUGCAAAUAGAGAAGACUGGACUGUUUCUCAGCCCUCUUUGCCAGAGUUUUAACAGAGCACAACAAACUUGUGCAAUUUUCGUGGCAGUUGUCCAUGGGAACCCAUCCAAGGCACAAUGGAGCUGACCCUCCUGGGAGGUCCUGUUAGAUAGAGAAUAAUCCUUCAUAAAGACCAAAGUAAGAGCGCACUUCUUCCGUCAAAUUUCAGCUGACUACAGGACAUUUGUAAGGAUUAUUCCUGGACGGGGAGCCAUGACCGGAAGCAGCAACCUGGGAAGUUGAGCUACUCCUUUCCUUGUCCCUUUUUGUGUGUUUUCUUGUAUUUCUGAACUUAUUCACUGCCUGCCAGUAAGGACUCAAACCUCCACCUUCUAACUGAGCCGACAGUUUCAUCUUAUCAGGAGAGAAAACUGAGCUGACUGCAACGAAACGCUCACAUAUCCCCCCUGCUGAGGGCUUUUGUUUCUGCUGCAGCAGAAGCAUUUUACCGUCGCCAGCGAUGGAGAUGGAGAAGGGACAUAUGUCUAUCAGGAGAGAGGUGAGCUGGAGUCCAGGAAGAUUGAGAAAACCUCUCCAGGCAACGCAAAACACCCCUGGGACAGAGUGCAAUGCACCAUGGGAGAAGACAGGAUUCAACAAAGAACAGAUGAGCCGGAAAACAAAUUUGACCAGGAGCGCCAGUUUAUCAGAGAAGGAGCUAAAGGAGGCUCGUGUCAGGAGUCAGAUCAUUGCUGCUCAGCUCACCAUCCCUUCCAACUCCAGCUCCAGAGGCGUGCAGCUCUUCAACCGGCGAAAGCAGAGAGUCAACGCCUUCACGCUCGAAAGCUGUGGAGAGGGGUCACGGGAGGACAGAGCUGAGAAUGUAAAAAUCGACCCCUCGUCUAACAAACUAACAUGGGCAGAGAGGAGCAGUGAGGAAAAAGAUAGAGACCUGAACUUUAAGAAUAGCUCUACCAAGCCACUCUUGUCACCACCUGGGAGGGUACAUUCAGUAGGUGAUAUCAUGGAGGACUCAGGUAAGGAUUUCCACAAGGAAGAAGACAUGGAGGACAGUGUUAUACAAGAGAGACAUUUCCUCCCUGUCAAGGAAGAGCAGGAGGAAGAGGAAGAGGCAAGAGAUGAAAUUCACGAGGAGCUUGAGGACAAAGUCAAGGAUGAGAUUCCCCCUGGAAGUAAUAAUACUGAUCCAGUUCUGAUGGGACAUACUGAAGGGCAAGCAGAGAUAAAUGGGGGCCACACAGGGCCAGUUCCCCUUGGAAAGCUUCUUAAUGGCUGCCACAGUACCUCUGGACCUGAGAGGGUGUCUGUACCCACAUCCAAGCAGACAAGCACCAUCAUCAAUCGAACUGCCAGGCCAUUUUUCUCGCCGCUGACAGUGCAGUCUCCAGAGGCAGUCAACCCUGUCAUGGACAUUCCCCGUCCUCCUACUUACGCCACUCCCCCUCUCCCUGCUUUCACUGCUCCCCAACCUGUGGCAUUCUCAGCUCCACCUCCGCCUCCGUCAUAUCCCACACCUCCUCUACCGGCCUUUACAAACCAACCCAUGCAGACCUACUACUCUAGUCCACCUCCAAUGUCCCCUAUCAUGUCCCCUUCCUCCCCUCCACCAUCCCAGUUCCCUGUUUCUUCUGUAUCUCAGUUCUCACCCAUGCCCCAUUAUGGCCCUCCCACAGCCCCAAAGCCCUCCACCUUUGUUCCUCAGCCUGCUGGAGAGAGGAAGCCGAUAACAGCAAUCAAAACAGGAAUACUUGAGGAGGGCGCUGCUAGAAGAUCAAGUAGGAAGUCAAUGUUCACAUUCAAAGAGAAACCAGUGGUAGCUCCGAACCCUGAGCUGCUAUCUCUGGUGCAAGGGGUGGAUGAAAGGAAGAAACAUGGACAAAGAUCUGUGCCUGAGCUGGCACCCGAGGAAGAGUUGCUGGCGCUAGGUGCAGAGGCCUCCAACUUCCUCGCCAAGGAAGAGGACAGGGCAGAGGAGGCAAGAGCUCCAGAGUGGGCUUCCUGCCUCAAGAGCUCCAGGACCAGACCAAGAGCAGAGCACAGGCCAGAGCAGUCCCUCACCAAUGUAUCAGGAAAGGGGGCUGAGCUGUUUGCCAAGCGUCAGUCCAGGAUGGAGAAAUACGUCGUUGAGAAACAAAAUUCUGGACAAAUUAGGUCUCCUUCUCCCACGAUGUCUCUGCCUCCAUCUUGGGUGUACCCAUCAAACAUGCCUGGCAGGGUCAAGGCCAUUGCUAAAAAUUCUGACAUGAGCGCUCAGCUUUCACAAAACCUAAAUGCCCAACAAGCAGUCAAGCAAAAACCAAGGCAAAAAGCUCCAGCACCAGAGCCAAUUCCAGAGCCGCCUCCUUUAGAAAAUGGUUGCUCCAAGAUAGAGAUGGACCUGUCAAGGCACCAGCCCUACCAGCUUAACUCCUCCCUCUUCAUCUUUAACCCAGCCAAGGACCCCAUUAGUACCCUACCCAGAGGAGCACCACAGUCCAAGAACCUGAUGUCUACACAGUCUUUCUCUAGACAGACUUCUUUACCUUAUAACCCCCCUUCUCACUUCAGUAGCCAGUGUAUGUCUCCACAGCUGCCUCUCAGCCCCACAAGAGGAGGAGCAGAAUAUGCACCAAAUCCAACCUCUGGGCAGCCAAGGAUCAGCUCUCCUAUGUCUGCCUUUUCUCCAGAGCGAGUGUCCUCUCCUCGCUCAGGGGUCCAGGCACCAAGGCCCACGUUUUCUGCCAAGAAGGCAGGGAUUGCACCACAGACACCAAAGGACUCCUCCCCAGUUGAAACCCCCAGUGAGACUCCCACGCCAACCAGGACGCCCAGCCUCAACAGACGUAUCAGCAGCCCAGAGGGCCCCGCCACUGGAACCUGUACCCCCAGCCUCCAAAAUAAUCGCCCCUCCACCAACAUAUCCAGCCGCUCAGUUACUUCCCCUGUAUCCUCUCCCAGGGGUACAAGAUGCCAAUCUCCUAUGGCCAGUCAGAAUAUCCGAUUUUCCACUGCAACAUCCAGACCCUCCCAAACAUCUACAGCCACCUCUCCACGCUCUACUCCUUGGGGUUCAAGAUGUCAGUCCCCAAUGGUGAGCCAGAAUACCCAGUCUUCCAGCAGCUCCUCCAUUCCUGCUUUUAGACCUUCCCAAACUUCUACGACUACUUCUCCUCUUUCUCCUCCUUGGGGUUCAAGAUGCCAGUCCCCAAUGGUGAGCCAGCAUACCCAAUCUUCCACUGUCACCUUCCUGUCCACAUCCAGACCCUCCCAAACCUCCACAGCCACAUCCCCAUGCUCUCCUCCUUGGGGAUCAAGAUGCCAGUCCCCUAUGGUGAGCCAGAAUACCCAGUCUUCCACCUUUUCCUCUGUUCCUACUUCCAGACCUUCCCAAACUUCUACAACUACUUCUCCUUGGGGAUCAAGAUGCCAGUCCCCAAUGGUAAGCCAGAAUACUUCCACUGUCAUCUCCAUUUCCACAUCCAGACCAACCCAAACAUAUACAACCACAUCUCCUGUCCCUCCUCCUUUGGGCUCACGUUCCCAGUCUCCUGCACUCUCUCAGACCAGUUUAUCCUUCCCCGCCACUAAGCCUCUGUACACAUCCUCUGCCACCUCUCCUCUUCCCCCACCCAAAGACAGUCGCUGCAUGUCCCCCAUUGUUAAUAACCUAGACUCUAAAGCCAACCAUCGCCUCCUGGCCAAGAACAUCAUCAAUGCAGCCAAACGUAAAAACAGCCCAUCCCCGGGAGCACUGAGCGGUCACAGCCUCCCCAUCUCACCUCUGGGAAAUUCCCACCAUGGCUACGAAUGUCACAAACCGCCCAUCAGCCCUUUCCAGUCACGGGCAUUGGGGGCCCAGUCCCCUACCUUCACCAGCCCACCUCCUACCCCAACGCAGAGGAUCUGCUCCCCUGUGAGGCUCUACAACACUCGCUCUCUCACCGACUCUGAUGCCUCUGUUGAGUCUGAAGACUCAGGCCUCCGAUCGCCUGGCCUGCACUCCUACAACACCUGUCCUCGCGGCUGGGGCGGUAGCCUGAGGGUGAAGAGAAGCACCGUCUCCACUGACCUGUGAGGGCGUUACUGGAUGGCAGACAAAGCAUGAUUUCAGUUGUCAUAGACUUUUGUGGCAUUGUAUCAACGAGUAAAAGAGUUUCUGAUGGCAUUUCAUGAGACUAAUGUUAGACAAGUUACCUUUCUGUAACUUUGAAUACCGAUCCUGGACAAUGGUAAAUGUUGUAUCAAGGUAGUAUUAGUAUUUUAUAUGACUCAUAUUCAUACUAUGGACUGACAAGAACAAGCUUUUUACAUAACGCAGUCGCUGUGGCUUGUACGCUUCUUACAUACCAAAAAGUGCAAAGACUCAAAAUAACCGAAGAUAUUUGAAUUCACUUAACUGAAUGUUAUACUUUUUACACCUUUACAAAAACAUACAUUCAGCCACUGGUCCAGUUAAAUAGUGUGUAAGUAAAGGAGUAUCGGUGUUACAUGUUAUUAAUGAGUGGGAAGAGACUUCAUGCAUGGAAUGAGUAAUGUGUAAAUAUAUAGCUCAUUGGACAUUUGUGCUGUAUUAGUAAAGGAUCAAAUUGAACUGUACAGUGAAUAUUGAUUUUGAUUAUACUGGGUAAAAUGAGUUUCCAUCAUUUUUCCAUGACAAAAACACAGUGGUAGGUGGGACACAUGCUAUUCACAUUAUCAUACAUAGUCAAAAGUAUUCAUCACAGUUUAUUAUCCAUUUUAAUCAAUGGAUAAUAAAUCAUAUGCAUAAUUAUCACAGUGCAAUAAUCAAUUUAACACAGCGUAUAUAUGUUGCUUUAUGUAAUGCAUUUGCUAAAAUGAAUGUAAACUUUACAGACAGAUUGACAGAGAAUGAAAAAAGGAGUGUUGAGUAUAAAGAGUUAUGUGGAGGUUCGAUGGGGCAUUGACGCACUUGUUCAAUCAAACACUGUUUUCAUGUUUCAGGAAAAAAAGUUUUAUUUGCAAACGUUUAAACAUUGAUGAUGAACAAUUUAAUUAACAAAUAUCAGCUGCCAACGUGCAAAUUUAAUGGCAUAUUGAUUGUAAUAUUCAUAUUAGAGAUUGAUGUAUGUAUGCCUAAGUUUUGUCACUUUUGCUGACCACAAACAGAACAUAGUCUGUGCCUGUGCCUGUACUUAUUGUACAAAGUGCCUGUUUGUAUGAGGUUCAGAAGCAAAUGUGUAUGUCACACAAGUUGAGAAGGUACAACAAAAUGUUGUUAAACUUUCAUGGGGAAAAAAGGUUAGAAGAAUGUUGUAUGUUGUGAAAUAUUAAUCUACGUGUCUGUGAGAAAAGGAUCAGAGGAAUGGAUUGUAUUUUGAAUACAUACAUAACUCUCGUUAACUUCUAAAGUUUCUUUUUAUACUUGAUUUGCACUUCUGUUCAUUCCAUUUCAAUGGCUAAGUUGGCAUUGUUUAAAACUUGAUUUGCUCAAACAGGUGUCAUUCACAAUAAAACCAGCAAAUAAAUAUCCUACUGUAAAAAUCAGAACAUUCCUGCACUAUUCAACACGUUGACAUGAUGGUGGCAAUUAGCUGUAAACCUGACUGCUGCCUUCAAACCACACCUGGCUUUCUGUUUCAAGUGUGGGAUGCAUUGAAAGCCAUUUCACACCAUUCCCAUCUUGCCCAGUCCUGUACCAGCACACACAACAGAUCAUUCCUUCACUCUCCGGCAUACAGGCCAAACGCAUCAGCACAUUUCUAAAUAUUAACUUCUCUGUGUCUUUUGAGUGACAGGGACACCUGCUACAUGGUGACCUGGCUCCUUCAGCAGGAUUAAGCCUAUCACUGUUAUGGCUUUGGUUUCAACCUGGGUCACCUCUGGACAAACCGAACACUGCUGACAUCCUCAAACACAGAAAAGAGUCAUUGCAUUUUGGUGGCGGGGGGGUUUAUGAUUGCAUGCCUACAUUUUUUCAAUACAGCUCAGCUCAUUUUUCUCUUAUUUCAUAACUGAAAAUGAAUGCAAAAUAAAGUGAUGACACACCAAUUUAAA